AUGCGGAGAGGACCUGGUGGUGUUGGUGCAAUAAAUAGGCAGCGUCUUGCUAAAGUAAGCACAGAUUUUUUACACACAUGCUUUUCAUGUAAGCGCCUUGAGUAAUAUCUCUAUCUCCCCACGGCUCUCUCCAGUGUCUGUUUUGUAGCUUUUUCGGAAUCCUUUAGUUAUAUAUUGUCUACCUGAGCAACUGUAACUGCAUUUGGACCGUAGCCAAACCGGGCCAUCCUAUUUUUAAAUAAUAUUAUCACAUGUAAGCUUACAUACUAGUUCUGUACUUCCUCAAAGAAAAUUGUUCCCAGAGCUGGGGCAAGGGGGUUGGGGGAUGAAUGUAAAAUGACCGGGUGGCCUAAAUUCUCACAGAGGGGGACAUUUGGGGUUACCCAAUACUGCAAUACUGUAGGAAAAAUUGGAAAUUCCCAAAUACGGUGUCGAAACUCGACUAAAUAUGGGUACUGCGUUUAUAAUCAGUCGUGCUUGCAUCUAUCCGGUGUAAUGACCUUGCCAACACCUUGAGUAACCUCAGCUAUUGCGAGAAAACAUGCGAAGAUCACAAAGCUUGGUCAUUAGAUGCAACAACAAUCACAUAAUUUGUAGACUAACUGCCAGGAAAAAAAGCAUUUUAUUUCAGUGUCAAUGUAUUUAGCAGGAGGCCGGACUGCCAUUUAAUGUGGUCAUCCGAGCCACAAAAGAUCUAGCCAUUUACGGGGCAAAGGAAGAACCUUCAUUUCUCAGUUAUUUAAAGACCCUGAGUACUGGUUUGGCCCCAGGAAUUGAACCCCAACCUCCCGUUCUGUAGUCAAGCACUCUACUGACUGAGCUAAUCCUGCUGAAAAUGUGUAAUCAUUUAAACCAUGCCUACUGUGUUUUGUGUUGUAAUUGUAUUGACCUUUAUUAGACAGGAGAGCGCAAGUGAAUGGUACGGCAAUACCGUGAAGGAUCUUCUUUUAUCAAAAUACUGUCAUCCAAAGUGAUGAAAACCGCACCCCACAGGGCUGGAUAAUUCUGCAAUACCACACGUUAAAAUUUUAAUAACAACAGAAAUACGGCUUAAAAAAAUAUAUCAGUACCACAAUACUGUAAACUCCAAUGUCCUCCUCCACAGAGAGUCCAGCCCAUCACUAAAGAGCAAUUUUCGCCUAAUGUAAAAAUAUAUUCCUUUUUAGUACUUCUUUAUAUUUUCUAUCUUCCCCCUCAGGAAAAGUAUGCCACAAAGGGAACAGAGAUUGCAGACAUCCAGCUGUCACAGGUAAUUUCAGGGUACUAAUAAGGCCAUAGACUCCAUGCAAUAGUUACUUAACCAUUGUUAAAUUUCUUGAUAUAUUGCUUGAAUGUAUUUUUAAGGCACAAAAUGUAAGCCUGUUUGACUCAACUAGAUACACCGUGCUGUCAAGUAUCUUGCAGCUUUGAUGUAUUACUGCAUGCUAACCUGCAAGCAGGCUCACUUGACGUGCGAAUUCAAGGAAACUUUUGGUGGCAGGGCCGUCAUCCAGCGAGGAAAAGUGAGCCUACACGUGGGCUGUUGAUAUUUAAGUUUCUUCCCUUUCGAGGUGUCAAGAUACUAUACAACAGGAGCAAAGCAAAUGUAAAUAAGAAUUAGAGGAAGCUGCAAGAGGAAAUGUGAUGCAAAACUGCAUCAGAGGUCAAAUCCUGUCAGAAACAAAAACCACAGAAAUAGAGAUCUAUGAAAAAGACCACUUUCAUCUUGACAAGCAGCAAAAAUAACAUUUGCUGAUUUAAAAUUAAGAAUCCUUCCAUAGUAUUAUCUACCUGUAAGAAACAGCCUGCUUUUUAACAUGAGUUUGCAUGAAGAAAGACCACCUUCAUGACCUCACACUGUGAGACAAGUGAUGAAAAGAGGCUACUGAAUAGUUGCUUGAUCCAAAUUAUUAAAGAAAUAUCCUCCAUAGCAAAAUAAGGUACCCCUUAGAAAGAAAACUAUAAAUUUUCAUAUGGGGCAAAAGUUAAGGGCAGGCCAACCGACACUUUGUAUGUCCAUUCACUUUGUGGAUGUUUAUAACCAGUGUCCUUGGUUUUUUGUCAUAAUUAUGUAGCCUUUCAAAGCAUGUCACUUUUAACUUAUAAAUUGUUAUUAUUAGAUUGCUACAUUCAUCAACAAACACAGAGCAUUAAAAAGUCAAUAGCCCACAUGCAGGCUCACUUUUCGUCACUGGGUGGUGGCUCCACCACCAAAAUUUUCCCUAAAUUCGCACAAGUGAGCCUGCUUGAAAGCUAACUGCAUGCAUGCUCCUCCUCUGCUUCUGUUAACUUUUCAGAUGGGUAAACAGCUGGAGUCCUUCAAGACAUCUCUGGAAGAUUUUGCUGGGAAAUACAAACAGGACAUAAGGAAGAAUCCAGAGUUCAGAGGGCACUUUCAGCAAAUGUGUGCUCGCAUUGGUGUUGACCCUCUUGCUUGUAAGUCAUUUUUUUUGUAGGCUAUAGUUUACACCAUACUAGUUUCGUGCAAGCCCAGAAAUAGUUCCAGUAUGGUAUGAAUAGCCACGACCAUCUUAGCUCUGGGGACCUUUUGUUUCACAUAGAUCCAAUUCACCUACUUCCACCUAACAGUCAUUCCAGCCUUUGUUUCAAAGCGAAGCACACAGCCAUUGAUGUGAAAAUGAUUUUUAAUUCUCAUGCAAAUGAAUCUUGUAUUGAAAGUGAGAGUUUUUAGAUCUUUAAACUCUUCUGCUCAUGAUUUAUACUUACAUGUACCGGUACUAACAACACCAAAAAUUCCUGUUCUUCAGUCAGUGAAGCUUUAUUUCUGAUACAAAGUUUUAUUAAUAUGUUAUAGCAAGCAAAGGUUUUUGGGCAGAGCUGCUUGGUGUGGGAGAUUUUUACUAUGAGGUAAGUUAAGCAGAAGUAGGUCACAACAGUUUUACAAUAACGAGCUGUCAUUUGUUGAUCACUAAGAGACAUGAUAAGAUUUUGAUUUUACUAACAGAAAUAAAAAAGAACAGACUUUAUGUUCUUCACUUAAUUUCACUUUCAUGAUUCCUUUUUUUCUAUCUUCUAUCUUUUAUAAAAAAAAUAAUGUCAUAACGUAGAAAAAUCAAACCCAAGGAGUUAGUUUUUAAAAAUGGUUUAAGGAAAGCUGUGGGGAGCAGAUCAGAUGAGAGAGAUACACGUAAUGUUUCUUGUGGAUUAUUAUUUACAAAUGUAUUUUAUUACAUUGCAUUGGGCUGUCAGUAUUUGUCACUGCUAGUAAUAGCUAUAAUUAUGUCAAUGUUAUAACCUAAAUUAAAGCUGCAUUUAAUAAUUCAAAAUCAACAUUUUCCAUGUUUUCUGUAUAUUUCAUAGUUGGGUGUUCAGAUUGUUGAAAUCUGCAUGGCAACAAGACCAAGAAAUGGAGGUUUGUUUUGAAACUAAUGAACAAUUUAUUCACAAAAAAACCCUUAAAUUUGUUACUUACUCUGUAAGAAAGUGCUUUCAUAGCUAAAACAAAUAAGCACCUAAUGACUGGGCCCAAUAGAGAUAAAUAGAAAAAGAGUGUUUCGUUUUCCUUUAACCCCCAAUGCCCCCUUGGCAAGGAUGUUGAGAAAACAAAAUGCACAGAUUCCCUUGGGCCAGUCAUUUACCUUCCACCCAAGUCAUUUGGUUGAUGUGACUCAGGCACAUAGACUUCCCACAGUUUCAAAGUACAUGACCUGAUCUUGGCAAGUGAGUUUUGUUCACUCUAGGGAGCUUUGAAAACUUGUUCCAUAGCAUGUGAUCCAGUUGGAAAACAUAGUGGAGUUUAUGGGUUAUUGAGUGGGUUGAGGGGCUUUGGGGCCUGUAUAAGAAACCACACAAAAUGUUCCUCUUUUAUUCUUUGCAUAAAAGUGGAAACUGCACGGAAUACCAAGUCCAGAUGGCCACCUUUAGGUUUGUCGAAAAAAGGAAAUAAAAUGCUAAAAUAAUGGGAAAAAGCAAACUAUGAAAGAUUAUGGAAGCUGAAAAACUGACCUCAAAAAUGACCAAAUCUGCAAAACUGAAAAUUCCAAUGCUCUCCUCAGGUGUAACACUGAAAAUAUUUAAGAACAUCAGACAGGAUAUAUAUACAGGGGCCUCUAGUCUUUCAUUUCAAUUAUUCUGCUGAUAAAAUUUUAUAUGAGAAGCAAUUAGACAAGCUCAUCUUCAAGUCAAUUUUUGGAGAGUUCCAUAUAGACCUCUAUCGUUAAGCAUAAUAAUUUUUUUUUUUCUGUACAGGUUUGAUGGCUUUGGGUGAUUUGCACAAAAAAAUUCUCAAGACCAGCAAGUCAAGACAAGAUGUGACUGAGUAGGUAACUAAUGCAGGAAAUACGUGCCAGUAUUAAUGAAUGCUGCCAGCUAAGGCAAAGGUUCUCUUCAUGUCAACAUGAUAUUAUGCCAAUUCAAAAACUCAUUAACAAUUCAUAAAGAAAAAACAAUGAGUGUCUUUAAUGAGUGUCUUCAUAUCUGAUAAAGACACAGCUAAACUUAACAAUGUAUGUCCAAUGGGCCACUUCCGAGUUUUCGAAAACCCUCACUUUCAAAAUGAGGCCAAGUGCACAACCUUUCUUGUGAAAAUGAGUUUUAUUUGCAAGAGAAUGAAGAAUUAUUUCUGUAUCAAUGGCUGAGCACUUAACCUCAUUUUGACACAGAGGCCCGGGGGAACUCGGAAAUGGCCUAUUUUUUAGACAAAAGUAACCCUAAAUCUAAAUAUAAGUGUAAAUCUAAAUAUUAGUGCAAGAGUGAGUUGAUCAUUAUUAGUACAAGAGUGAAUUCCCCAGACAGUAGAGUUGGAAAGAAUACCCGUACACAAGAAGUGCAAGUGCAAAGAAUUUUGCUUUCAAAUGAGGCUUGGAGGUGAAAUUUACUCAUUUGACGUAAUCACAUAUUAAGGGCCAUUUAUUGUCUUUGCAUAAUGUUAUAGGGAUGACUUGGCUCGAGCAAUAAAAAAGCUUCAUAUCUUGGGCAGUGGUUUCCAGAUCAUUCCAGUUGGAAAGAAGCGUCUUGUUCAGUCAGUACCAGGAGAACUUAGCAUGGAUCAUGCUGCUGUUCUUCAGCAGGCCCAGGUACUUGCUGUUGUUACUGUUGUUGUUACAUCAAAAAGCAAUAAGGUUAAGAAGCAAAACGACAACUUUGUAUGUGCAGCACCCUUUUGGAAAGUACAUUUCUUUGUGGUCACUGCACGGUUAAGAGGGGAAAAUGGUAGCCUGCAUUUCUCUGAGCAUGCAAUUUGCUCGCAAAAGCGCCAUGUUGAAACUUCCCAAAGAGAGGAGGAGAUGGGGCAAGUCAAAGGGAGCGGGGAGGGGACGGGAAGAGAGAAGUAUUUUUUUCUCCCCUCCCCCUCCCCCUUUCCUUCUUUCGCCCUUGCACCUACCGUAAGGGUUACUAUUUCUACUCUCCCCAAUCUUCCACUGUCAUAAAAUCAAAGAUGGCGGCUACAACAAUAUUACGAACACGAACAAGGUUUUGCCCACCCAAAAUGUGCCUAGGAAAAUGGCAAACUUCAUGAUUUAUGGAGGACUUAAACAAACUAUGAUGAAAUAUUCCUUCUGUUAUUUUUUUUAACUUGGGUGUGGCUCUUCGAAAUUCAACUCCAAGAAGUUUACUGGCAAAGUAAUUGGGUUUGAAUAAUUGCUAUGAAAAUUGAAGGAAGAACGUGAAUUCACUUUUUAAGCAAUGUUUUCUCUGCCGUCGCUGUUCUAGUAUCUUGAGGUCCAAAUUGUUGGAAAAUGUUAUGGAUUUCUGCUCUGUGUGUUGCAUGAUUAGAAUCUGAAUAAUCAAGAUCUUGACUUUGAUUUCUCACAAUAUCUCAAAAACCUCAUUCAAUAGAUACUAUUGGUUCAGGUAACAUGUGCAGGGUUGUAUUUUAAUGAGGUGACAACUAUUCAGUCCCUAUGCACUUAAUACAGUUUCCUUGUUUUUUUUCACAGGGGAAUGGGUAUACAUCAAUUUCUGUCAUCGCAAAAGAUUUAGGAUGGGAACGGGAUCGUGCGAUACGAGCCUUGGUAAGUUGUUAUGUAUCCUAAUAAGAGAUCACUGUCAGUGCGUCACUAUCAAUUGGACUACAGAUACGAGAUUGAGUACAAGUACAAGUUUUCAAACUUAAUUCAUUCACCUCAUAUAAUUUCUUUUUUAAAACACCAACCUUAUCCCUAGCUUUUAUUUACGAUAUGUACCAUACUAGUAACCAACAGGAAAAAAUGUAUGGCUCAUAUAUGUACUCGUAAUAAGCCAAGGUUGUUCUCAUAGUCAAAUCAUAGAUUGCUAUUAACAAUAAAAUUGGAAUUCCUAAGUGCACUGUGAUACACUCAAAGAUAAAUAACGCAGAGAAACGAAAAAAAACAAGUGGCUACCAAAAUUGAGAUUUGCGAUUCAGUUUGAUGCUUUGUUUAUUAUAGGAUCACAUGGUUCAUGAGGAAAUGGCUUGGGUAGAUGAUCAAGCACCCAAUGAAAGAUUGUACUGGUUCCCAGGCCUCUUCCCAGAAACCUAG